AUGUGGAACGAUUCUUCGGGGAAUGCGUCGAAGGCGAAGUUCAAACGGGCCUCUUGCCAGGAAAAUGAGACCUUCUACCUCUACCAGCAGAGCCAGAAGAAGCUCGUGUUCGAUCGAAAUGAGGAGCCUUUGCUUUCGCUGAGGUACAAGGAUCGCAACAUACGAGUGCUGGACGACAGACUCACUGCCGUAGGAUACAAGGGCUGGGCUUCAGUAUUCAGCUCGCACUGCGCCCGCAAGGGCAAAUGGUACUAUGAAGUGCGCAUACUGGACGGCUGCGAUACUAUCAACUUCAUCGGAUCCGAUGGGGAAAUAACCAUCCCUGUUCAAGGCCAUGUGAGGCAAGUGCGGCAUACAUUGGUUGGGUUCGCAUGUCGGUACCAAAAGUUCCAAGUGCCCAUCGGGUAUAAUAAUUUCGGAUACGCGCUAUCGGACGUUGACGGAACGGUGGUCAAUGACGGCUCAAAGAGUCCCUACGCCAAGCCCUUCGGGCCGGGGGACGUCAUUGGGUGUUACCUCAGCCUGGGAGAGCCCAGCGGCGUAAUACAGGACCCGAGGAAAGACCUGAAGCUGCUGGAGCACCUGCAGGCCGGAAUAUUGUGCGACCCCAGGGACCCGCCAGCAAUGGAGCUCAAUGCUGGAUCAUACGUCGGGUUUUCGAUCAACGGGGAAAAGUUCGGCGAGUGUGGACUCAAGGUGUGGGACGGCUAUUACCACCCUGCCGCAGCACUUUACAUGGGAGCCACAGUUAAAUUCAACUUUGGGCCGGACUUCGAUUUCCCGCCGCCCGACGACUUCAGCCCGUGCCGGAAAAUGAUGCUGCCGGAAGUGCUGUGA